CAACAUCUUCAAACAUUCUGAACACAACAGAGAAGCCUUGGGUCCCUGCACCCACGACUUCCCUGACCACCCAAUCUCCACGAAGCUACUGCCAGUGGUCAAUCGACAUACACCCAUUGUGUGCAGGGCAGAGGGCAGCAAGCCCUCCAGCAGUCAGGAGAGAUGGCGUGGUCAAAGUCUACUCGUAUCAGCAUCAUGCUGGCCAUUGAUGUCGCCUUCUUUCUUGUCGAGCUCAUCUCUGGCUUUCUGGUCCACUCCCUGGUCUUGAUGGCUGAUGCUUUCCACAUGCUCAACGACAUCAUCUCCCUCCUGGUCGGACUCUGGGCUGUCCGCCUCGCGCAGAAGGCUACCACCGACAAGUACUCCUACGGCUGGCUGCGCGCCGAGAUUCUUGGCGCCUUCUUCAAUGCCGUUUUUCUGAUCGCCCUCUGCGUCUCGAUCGUUCUCGAGGCCGUCACGCGAUUCUUCGAACCGCCUGAGAUCUCGAAUCCGAAACUGAUCCUUAUCGUUGGCUCACUCGGCCUUGCCUCGAAUUUGGUAGGAUUUCUGGUACUUGGAGGACAUGGACAUUCUCAUGGGCACGAACACGGCGACGAGGAACAUGGGCACGAACACGCACAUGGACACGGACACAGUCACAACGACCUCAGCGAGGCAGAAGAGGGCAGGGUCGGCGCGAACCAGGCAGGAGACGAGAGCGAGGGCCCCAUUCUAGAGUCGCGACGCCGCGGCAGCACCGGUCGCAACAACGUCACGAGCAUUGACGACAUCAGCAUCUAUCCUUCAUUCUCCCGACAGGACAUCCUUGCAGCGACGCGACCCCAACCUCAGGAGCUGAGCUCGGACAGCGGCGACGAUGUGGAUGAUGCCGCCGUGAGCGAGCAGGUGACGGAGAACACACCUCUCAUUGGAAAGAGAAGCGGCAGCGUGGGCAACGUCAACGGUAAGCACGUUGACUCUGCACCCAAGCGGGGUCGGUCUAGGAGAGACUCGAGCCUGCACAACACCCACAACCACAACAAGCCUCGCAAGGCCGGCCAGUCAAGUCAUGGCCACAACCACGCCGACAUGGGCAUGAACGCCAUGAUCCUGCACGUCCUGGGUGACGCUCUCGGCAACGUGGGCGUCAUCGUCACGGCCCUUAUCAUCUGGCUGACCGACUGGCCGGGCAAGUACUACGCCGAUCCGGCUGUGUCCCUCUUCAUCACCCUCAUCAUCCUCAAGUCCGCUCUUCCCCUCACCUUCGCCACCUCCAAGAUCCUCCUACAGGCCACGCCUGAAGGCCUCGAGGUCCAAGAUAUCCGCGAGGACAUCGAGGCGCUUCCCGGCGUCAUCACCUGCCACCACGUCCACAUCUGGCAACUGUCCGACUCCAAGAUCGUUGCGUCCAUGCACAUCCAUGUCGCCUUCCCCAUUUCAGAGGCUGGCGGCGAGAAGUACAUGGAGCUAGCUAGACGGGUGCGCCGGUGUCUGCACGCAUAUGGCAUCCACUCCGCGACCAUCCAGCCCGAGUUUUGUCUUGACCAGACGCACGGCCACGUGCAGGAUGCUGAGCAGGUGUUUAACAUCGAUGGCACCGCUGAGAUGCGCAGAUGCAAUGCUACGAACGAGGGCGCAUGCCUGUUGGAGUGCGUCGAUGAUUGUGUCGGACAAGGGUGCUGCUCAACGAGUGCCACGGCCGUGGAUGACUCGGUGAGGAGCGACUGCAGCAGCCACUCGGCACAUAGUCAUGGAGAAGUUGGGCACGCGCAUGACCACUAGGAUGCAAUGUGUAUGUCGCCCGUGGCUUUUCGGUUCCCUUUGUUCGGGGCGUAAUCUUAUGAGCUUGUUGAGAAACGCUUCAGAAUGGCGCUCACAUGAGGGUUGAGUGUCUCAGAGGCAUUGGUUUGGUUCAUUCGCCACAGGAAGAGAACAACGCAUAAAACAGUCGGAGGCUCAGGCCUUGAUAUUCAUUGAUUAGGUCUCUAAUCACGAAGAAGUGCUUCUCUUUUCGUUUUCUUAUCCUUUUUCUAAUAGUCUAUUCUCGUGGUGUGUUAGUGGCUUGCUUGUAUUUGUUUCCCCGAUGAUCGCGUAUAUCCUCGGGUUUCGGCAUUGCGCAGAAGAGAAAAGGCGUCAUGGUUGAUGUCGGCAGGUUGGAAUGGCGUUGGUGGUUGCAUAUGUUUUUCUCUCUUUGUAGCAUAUUAUGCCGGCAUAAAUAGUGAAAACAACGGGGCAUACC